AUGACUGCCGACAUGGAGACCCAGAAUGAAUACGACGAUAGCGGUCUUCCAGGACCUGGAGCACCCACGCCGCUCUCAGCUUUGGAGGGUGUCGCGGGACUCACCGCAAGAGACAUCAAGUUGUUCGUCGAAGCCGGUUAUUACACGGUCGAGUCAGUUGCUUAUACGCCAAAGCGUCAACUGGAGCAGAUCAAAGGAAUCUCCGAACAGAAAGCCACAAAGGUCUUGGUUGAAGCGGCAAAACUCGUUCCGAUGGGGUUUACCACGGCCACGGAGAUGCACGCUCGACGAAGUGAGCUCAUAUCAAUCACCACCGGGUCCAAACAAUUGGACACGCUCCUUGGAGGUGGCAUAGAGACCGGCUCGAUUACCGAGAUCUUUGGAGAAUUCCGGACGGGCAAAAGUCAGAUAUGUCAUACACUUGCCGUAACUUGCCAGUUGCCCUUUGAUAUGGGCGGCGGGGAAGGCAAAUGCCUCUACAUUGACACGGAGGGUACAUUCCGGCCAGUGCGAUUGCUGGCUGUUGCGCAGCGAUAUGGGCUUGUCGGCGAGGAAGUUCUUGACAAUGUGGCUUAUGCUCGUGCCUACAACUCGGACCACCAACUUCAACUGUUGAACCAGGCCUCGCAGAUGAUGUGCGAGACUCGAUUCUCCCUGUUGGUGGUUGAUUCCGCCACGUCGCUGUACCGUACGGAUUUCAAUGGACGAGGUGAGCUGUCAAGUCGACAGACUCACCUGGCGAAGUUUUUGCGCACCCUCCAGCGCUUAGCGGAUGAAUUUGGUAUCGCUGUGGUCAUUACGAACCAGGUGGUCGCUCAGGUGGACGGUGGCCCGAGUGCGAUGUUCAACCCGGACCCUAAGAAGCCCAUUGGCGGUAACAUUAUCGCCCACGCAAGCACAACCAGAUUAAGCCUGAAGAAGGGCCGGGGAGAGACCAGAGUAUGCAAGAUCUACGACAGUCCCUGUCUGCCGGAGAGUGACUGUCUCUUCGCCAUCAAUGAAGAUGGAAUUGGAGAUCCUAGCCCGAAGGACUUGGAGAACGAUUGA